GUGAGCAAGUACCUUAUAUAUUAUUUAUAUGAGUGCUCCAACUGACAGUAAGGCGUGUAUUACUCAGUGCCGACCAGGAGCCGACGCAGGACUAGUUUUUAGUACUAGGAGGGUUCGUGGCGACGUCGUCAAGACAUGUACUGGUAGUAGACGGCAAUCAGCGAAGAACAAAGGCCCCCGUUAGUUGUGACAUUCCGACAUGACUAUCCCUAGCCCUUCCAUCUAUGUCGUCCUCAGCCUUGGUGCCCUCUCGGGCGGGGUUGUCAAGGGCAUCACCGGCUUCGGGAACGCAAUCAUUAACCUGCUUGUCUGGGUGGCUUUCACCGCAGCGGGCGUGGAUGCAGGGCCCCUGCGCUUAGCCGUGCUAGCGGAUACCAUCGGCUGCUUGGUUUGCGGCAUCCCCUUGCUCGUCAUGACAGCAGCUCAUAAGACAGCGGAUUGGAGGCUUGUUCUUACGUUCGUACUCUUUACGAGCGCGGGAUCCCCCUUGGGAGCGCUGCUGCUAACGCGACUGAACCCUCGCUGGGUUGAGCUCGUGAUGGCGAUCGUGUUGCUUCUGGUCAUCUGCCUGCACGUCAGGCUGCAUGAAACCCUGGCGGCGGCGUUCAGGAGGCACCGGGCCAAGCGCAGUUCGGCUCCGUACGACUUGUUAGGCUCUGACCACAAGGCUGCAGAGGGCGACAGAAGCGACAGCAGCAAUGGCGCCUGCCCCGAGGCGAUCACCUCAGGAAUGGGCGUAAAAGACGGGCGGAGUGCCACGCGACUUGAUCCCGAGUCGCUGCAGCGUGUGCCAACGCUCCUUAGCGGCUCCAUGCAGCUUAACGACCACCAACAGACAUCGGCAAGGACGCAAUGCUUGCCGCAUUCCGGAGAGGGGCUACCGGUGCCCCAGUCUACCGGCACUGCAGCAGACGUCCUUCCCCACGCAGCGCCAAACGGUGACAGUAGCUGUACUGCUGGUGGCGACGACGGGGGCCAAAGCUGCCUCCGCAGUGUAUCCAGUGGUUGUGAUGUGGCGCCCGACAACACGCGACGGGCCGGCGGACCUCAUGGGGCAUGUGCUGCCGCUCUUCCUGCUGCUCCUGCUGCUGCUGAGCUUUGCGUUAGAGACACAGGCGGGCUUGAACGCGCCGGCAAGCCUUCCUCUCCUUCAGCAACGGUAAUACUUAUUUCCGCCUGCUGCUCGGCGAGUGGUGCUGCCCCUGCAGCUGGCGCCCUAGCUGGAAUCAAGGCACCCGUAGCACCAGAGGACGCAGACGCGUGCGGCAAAGCAGCUCCGCACUCGAAGGCUCAUGCCGAGGCAAAGGCAGUCGCCUGCAGUAGCGCCUCCGGCAAUGCAGGUACGCAGCCUUUGCUAGACACAGGGCUGCUUGCCUCCGACGCGGUUCCGUUAUCUUCGGCCUCUGCUAGCGGCAGCGAAGGUGGAGGCGCGUCGAUCGAGGGGCACGUGCGCCACUGCGGGGCAUGCAGCAAGGCGCGGCUUGGUGGCGUGUGGGGCCGGAUACGCGGGUGGCUGGCGAGGCAGGAUUGGCUGCAGAUCCGCCGCAUCCUGACGAUCGGCAGCGUGGCGGGCUUUGCAAGCGGCGUCAUGGGAGGUAUGACUGGCAUCGGCGGCCCGCCCAUUAUGUACAUGUAUGAGAAGUUGCGGGUGGCCAAGGACGUGGUGCGCGGAACCAACGCCGUCAACAACGUACUGCAGGCCCGCCUGGUGACGUACAUCGUGAUGGGGGUGUUCAAGCGCGAGGAGGUGCCGCUCUACCUGAUCACGUCGACGGUGGGCCUGGUGGGCGUGGGCGUGGGCAAUUGCCUGGCCGGGCGACUGGACCAGAAGGGCUUCAGCCGCAUACUGGUGGCGCUGAUGUCGAUUUGCUGCCUGCUGCUGUUCGUGUCAGCCGCCGGCCUGAAGGGAUAGUACGGUAGCUGCAUGGCAGCAUACUGGUAGGGGAAGGCGUGGGGAACAUUGGAAAUGAUGGAGAUGAGCAAUGAAAGCUGCGGGGUUGUUCCGAAUGAUGUUUGGAAUGUUUUCACAUGCUAUGGGUGGACAGCGUAGUGGUUUGGGUGCGUGAACAGCAUUGCGGCAUUGUGUUUGGGGGUUUCCUGGAAGGGGAGAGCAUUGCCUGAAGGGUUAGGGGGGGAACCUGAGGAUUUUGCAUUCGGUACGUCAUCGUGUAUGAGUAUAGCGGAUAUGAGUAUAGGUCUAGAUAGGAGGUUUUCGUAGCCAGAAGACUGCGUGCUGAUCCAAUGUAUCAUAGACCGUCCUAUGUAUGUUUUGUGGUCCGCUUGAAUCAUGCUAUACCUGUGUCAGAGCAAUUUAUUUUUCGUUAUGACUCUUUGUCGUAUUGCAAUCCUCAUUGCCGUACUGCAAAUUGUACAACAGAAGAUAGAUGCCAAGGUUUCGUGCGCUUCAUGGUAAAAAUGCAUGUUUAACACUUGCCAAUCGAGCUGGCAACGCACAGUGCAGUUGCCGCUGCAAGUACGUGUUGUAUAUGGCCCGGCAUGGAUGCGACUCGCUAAUUUAGGUGGUUAGGAUUUAAAUUUAAUUGUAGUAGGUGUGACGUGGUUUCUUGCUGUACUGCAUUUAGGUGACCUGGGAAGCAUUGAGAUCUGACAUUGCGAAAUCCAAUGACACCGACAAAUUUUAAAUAUGGGCAUUUUCUCAAAGAGUGCCAUUGCUACCCAUUGCUCAUGCCACGCCGUGUCAUGUUAGUGCAACCGCUACAGGGCUGCUUUGUUCCUGGAACAGCUACAAUGCCAUUGGUGAUACGUUGUAGUUAGCACGCUUGGAUUUCGGCAAGGUUGUGUGGUGCACGAUUAACAUUUCCUAGGCAGGAAUCGGCAAGUGCUGAGUUCAUUCUACCGGUGUAGAUAAUCGGAUUUUAUCCGUACUUUGGUCUAGCAGGAGCGCCCCUGGUGUGCGGUGAGGUCAUGUAAAAUAGGUUGGCUACAUCGGGCACGUAAGGGAAAGAGAUGUAGUG